AACGCGCCCUUUCUGUUCCAUUUCAAACACUAUGCAAUAAAGUAGGAUUCUAACACUGCAGUAUGUCAUUUUCUUAUAGAUUCCCACACCCAAAAACCUUUCUCUAAUAAAACCCACCGCCAACCGACCACACAACUCAAAUAUCUCUCGAUGGAAUUCGACGAAGAGGAAGACCCAGUCGCCCUCUUCAUGUCUCUCGAUGAUUGGCAGGACUGCUCUUCUCAAUCCUCCACCGAAACUUUCAUGGUCGGCUUCGUUAUCGCCAAUAUAGUGGGUCUCCGUUACUAUUCCGGCACAAUCACUGGCCGUGAAUUAGUGGGUUUGGUCCGAGAACCUCUAAAUGUUCAUGAUCAGAACGCUAUCAAAGUCCUAAAUACAAGAUCGCUUCAGGUGGGUCACAUUGAAAGGUCAGUUGCUUCUGUUUUAUCUCCUUUAAUCGACUCUCGUAAAAUUACAGUUGAAGGUAUCGUGGCGAAUUCGCGAAGUAGUGGCAAUAAGUUUAAAAUCCCUUGUCAAAUUCAUAUUUUUGCGAAGUUUGAGGAUUUUGAGAGUGUAAAAUCUGUCAUUUCGCGCGGAGGGUUGGUUUUAAUUUCAGAAAUGGACCCAAGUUUUGGGUUAUCAGAGGCUAUGGUGGUUAAAGAAAAGAAUAGGAAAAGCGGACUUAAAAGUUUGGAUGAAAUAUUUAAGUUAGUUGACGACAAUGUGAAUAAGAAAGGGAAACUUGGGGCUCUAAAGCCACCCAAAGAGGUGAUUAAGUCUAAUCUUUUUGUGCACCAAAAAGAGGGAUUAUGGUGGUUGAUGAAUAGAGAGAAUUCUGGAGAGUUACCUCCCUUUUGGGAGGAGAAAGAUGGGGAAUUUAUGAACGUUUUGACGAAUUAUCAUACAGAUAAGAGGCCCCAGCCAUUGCGUGGUGGAAUUCUUGCAGAUGACAUGGGUUUGGGCAAGACUUUAACUUUACUUUCUUUGAUUGCUUUUGAUAAAGUUGAUACUAGUGCCACUUUAUGUAGAGACAAUGUUGGAGAACAUAUCUGCGAGUUGGAUGAUGAAUCAACUGUUUUGAGUGCUAAGAAGGCUAAGAGGGGUAGGCCGAGCACAAAGGCACCUCUAGGGCAAAAAAAACAUAAAACUGAAAAAGGCCUUUUUGAUAGCAAUGUAAAGGGGAAAUCUGUCUGUGUAACUGAUAAGUCUUCUAGUGUUUUGGGUGUAAAGACUACAUUAAUUGUAUGCCCUCCUGCUGUAUUUUCAACAUGGAUAACACAACUAGAGGAGCACACUCAACGUGGAUCAUUCAAGGUGUACAUGUAUUAUGGAGAAAGAACUAAAGAAGUUGAGGAGCUUAAGAAGCAUGAUAUAGUGUUGACGACAUAUAGUACUUUAGCUAGUGAAGACUCUUGGGAAGACUCCCCUGUGAAGAUGAUUGAGUGGUGGAGAGUUAUUUUGGAUGAGGCUCAUGUCAUUAAGAAUGUGAAUGCUCAACAGACUCAAGCAGUUACUAAUUUGAAGGCUAAGAGGAGAUGGGUCGUUACAGGAACACCCAUACAGAAUGGAUCCUUUGAUUUGUUCUCCUUGAUGGCAUUUUUGCGGUUUGAGCCAUUUUCCAUCAAGAACUAUUGGCAAAGCUUGGUACAGCGCCCACUUGCACAUGGGGAUAAGAAGGGGCUCUCACGAUUGCAGGUUUUAAUGGCAACUAUUUCUUUGCGGAGAACAAAGGACAAGAGUUUAGUUGGAUUGCCAUCUAAAACUGUUGAGACAUGCUACAUAGAACUUGUUGGAGAAGAACGGGAAUUGUAUGACCAGAUGGAAGCAGAAGCCAAGGGUGUUCUUCAAGGCUUCAUUAAUGCUGGUAGUUUAACGUGCAACUAUUCAACUGUACUGUGCAUAAUUUUACGACUUCGCCAGAUAUGUAAUCAUCUGGCAUUAUGUCCUUCAGAUCUGAGAUCACUACUUCCUUCUAACAGUAUUGAAGAUGUAUCCAAUAACCCUGAGUUGCUCAAAAAGGUGGUUGCUGUGCUACAAGAUGGUGAAGAUUUUGACUGUCCAAUCUGCAUUUCUCCGCCAACUGAUGCUGUAAUCACACGCUGUGCUCACAUCUUUUGCCGAGCGUGCAUCUUGAAAACCCUACAGCGCACAAAGCCCAGCUGCCCACUCUGUCGUCGUUCUCUAUCGACAUCUGACCUGUUCUCAGCUCCUCCUGAAUCAUCUCAAACCGAAAACAUUGAAAUAUCUUCUUCAGGAACACAUUCAAAGGUCUCUGCUCUCAUGAGGCUGCUCAUAGAAGCAAGAGGUGAAGAUCCAACUGCGAAGUCAGUAAUAUUUUCGCAAUUCCAAAGGAUGCUGAUAUUACUCGAGGAGCCACUAAAAGAAGCUGGUUUCAAGAUCUUGCGGUUGGACGGGUCAAUGAAUGCAAAAAAGAGAGCUCAAGUAAUAAAAGAAUUUGGGGUUCCUGGACCUGAUGGUCCCACUGUUCUGCUUGCAAGUCUUAAGGCUUCAGGAGCUGGUAUAAACCUUGCAGUUGCUUCUAAAGUCUAUUUGUUUGAACCAUGGUGGAAUCCAGCAGUUGAGGAACAAGCAAUGGACCGUGUCCACAGGAUUGGACAAAAGCAGAAUGUGACAGUUGUGAGGUUGAUAGCUCGAAACAGCAUUGAGGAAAGGAUACUAGAGAUGCAAGAAAGGAAGAAGAAACUGGCAAGGGAAGCUUUUGGAAAGCGGGGAGCAAAAGCGCGAGAGGUUAGUGUAGACGACCUUCGUGCACUCAUGUCCUUAUGAGUGACAACACAAAUAUGUGCACAUACUGGUUCUUUUGAAAACUUAAAUGCCUUAUACUGGUGUAUAUCUGUAUCAUUUUGAAGGCGUUUUUUGAGUCGAGCACCUAUUGCCAUAGCAGUCAAAUAGAAUAGGAUGCUAAUACACAUUUCACUGAUGCUAAUGUAAUUAGUAACCGGGGGAAGAUACGGUCAGUGUAUGGAAGACUCGAUUUCAGUUCGAAUCUAACUGCUGUUUCAUUCAUUUUUCUGAAA